AUGUCGACGAGUACAAAGCUUACAAUCGAUUCAAAAAAGGACACUGGACAUCACUCUUAUUUCACAAUCGGAAACGACCCGGUUGUUGCCAGAAAGCAUCAGCUGAGAGUUCAGAUGAAGAAAUCGGAUUGUGCUAUACUCAGAAAGAUGAGGAGCGAUGAUCGUGACACUCUUUGUCGAUUUGUUGGAUUAUGCCUGGAUGCCCCGGAAAUGUUGUCUGUGUGGAAAUAUUGUUCCCGAGGAUCGCUCAAAGACGUUAUCGAGAAAGGCGCCAUUCAGAUGGACUGGUUCUUCAAAUACUCGCUCAUAAAAGACAUUAUAGAGGUGAGUUUCUUCAGAGCACUUCGAGCAGUUUCU